AAAAAAAAAAUAAACAAUAAAAAAAUGGGCUUGGGCGUGUGCAUGUAUGGAAGUAUUUGAGGCGUGAUAAUUUUUUCUCUAAAAUUGUUUUUCUUUUCCUUUCUAUAUUUUUUAUUCUUAUAUAAUUUAUCAUGUUUAAUUUCAAUAAAAAAGAAGGUAACGACUAUGAUGAUAGGAACCAACUUAUUGACAGAAUGCCCGAAGAAAUGUACAUCAUUCCUAUUCACGACGUACCUGUCACGCUCGACAACAAACCGCGCCGUUACUGCCGUAUUCUUGCAAAUGUGACACUUAUUCUUGGCAUGGCCCUUGUUGUGAUAUCUGCCUUAUUCAAACUCCAGUCUAGAGUAUAUAUCAGCCAGGCUAUCGAAGCAGAGUGUCCUGCUAUUUGUGUGACAACUUGCUACCGUUUCAUGCCUUUUCCCACUUCUUGUGAAUCGAAAUCAGCAUGCGAUGAUCAAUGUCUCUCUGCCGGGAUCUCCAAAGCCCUAACGUACUCCGUACUUUUUACGGUCUUUGUUUUAAUAGGUGGCUUACUAGUGCUUGUGCAGGUUGUUCAGAGUUGUAUAAGUUAUUGCUUUUAUGAUUAUAUUGAUUUUAAAAAUAAACAAACAGGUCAAAAAUGCUAA